AUGGCCCCCUGGGCAUGGAAUAGCAUUGAGUCAGACUCAGACAACACACGGAGGCCCAUGAGUUUUAAUUUUCCCGCUGUUUUACAGAGUAGAGGAACGAGUGGCGUUUGCGAAUGGACAAAACAGCAGAGCAACUGUGAAAUGUCUGUCAGUUUUUCAAUAAUGCUACUUAAGAAAGUUGUUCAACGGGGUAAUAAUGACCGGGCGGCGAAUCGAGCUACUGCGGCGUCGUACAGGCUGGUCCCGUAUUUCAAUUGGACCUACGGGCGCACAGGCAGUAUAGAAAAGGUUGGUCCAUUUAAAGGGUUUGUGCGCAAGAACACGCCAAGUUUUUUACGGAUGCUGGCUUGGGCACUUGGCCCCAGCGAAUGA